AUGACUUCCUCCAUCGUGGAGGCAUUGGCGAGUGUUCAACCAUCAGAAACACCAGACAGCGAAGAUCAUGACAGCGAAAACGAGACCCAAGAAUCACCACAACCUACAAACGAGCCUUCCCUAGAUGACCCCCAAAUCGGAAAACCCAUAUCUCAUGGCCAAAUUGUCGACCUAUGGAAGCGCUCCAAAGCACAAGACGAUGCAAACUACACUCUAGAACAACUCCUUCGCGGCGCAUCCGUCUACAUCCCUCCUCCACCACCUAAACCCGAACCUGCAUGUCUGCUGAUACAGUUCCCAUCAUAUGAAGCUAACCAAGUGCAGUCUCCCGAAUACAAAGCCCUCAUGGCCCGUCUUCGCCGCCAAGAAGAAGCCCGCUCCUACGAACGAAUGAUGAACCCUGCCCCCAAACACGAAACCUUCAAAGAUCGCUACCCUUUCAGCGCCGCUGCUUUUGCGGAAGCCAACCGUCCCACAUCAGCUUCAGAUACCGGCGAGGAGGAUAUUGCGAUGGAGGAAGUCCACAAGCAAGUAACGCUGAUCAUCAACUUCUUGGUCAGUAUAGCAGGUGUUGCUGGAACACUGUGGGUUACAGCACGAUGGUGGAGCUUGCCAGCGAGGUUAUUCCUAACUAUGGGAGGGAGUAUACUCGUUGCUAUUGCGGAGGUGGUGGUUUACAAUGCGUACUUGUGGAAGAUGGACGAAGGGAGGAAGAAGCUUGGCAAGGUCAAGGAGGUGAGGGAAGUCGUGGAGAGUUGGACUGUGGCCAAAAUGUCUGAAACUCCAGCAUCCUCCACGUCGCGACCACGCGCCAAACCACUACGAACAUACGGCAAACGAAGCACAAGAGACGACUCCCCACGCGAAACGAGUCUAAAGAAGCGACGCAUUUCAACAGCAACAACUCCUGCCGAAACAUCAGCAUCCAAAGAUACAGAUAAAGAAGUGCAAUCGUUACCAACGAUAGCCCCAGAGGAAACCGAGAACGCAGCCGAAUCUACGAGCAAACCUGCCAAGAAGGGGUCAAUCUUAAGCUUCUUCAAGCCCGUUCCCUCUUCAUCUACAGCCGCGUCAAGUCCAAAGAGCGAUGAACCACAGGCCGAGUCACCUCCAUCUUCUCCACCGGCAAGAAUAGAAAUACGAAAGAAACCACGACUGUUGCGCUUUCGUGGUACCUCACUGCCUCUACUCAAGGGCGAGAUCACCGAAGAUGAUGAUCAGACUGGAGAAGCAAAGGAAGAGAGUACGACGCCAGCUUCAAGGGAGAGCUCGUUGAAUCGAGAGUCUAGCAGCGGCAACGAUGUAAAGGCAGGCAAAAAGGGAAAGGCGAAAUCAUCGGCUGUGCAGAUGACGCUCAAUCUUUCAUCUCAAGCGGCAUUUUCUGAGUGCAAGGUCUGCAAUACGGUUUGGAAUCCGCUGUGUCCUGAUGAUGUCAAGUUUCACAUGAAGCAGCAUGCGGCGAUUUUACGGGCGAAGAGGAAAGAAAAGGAGAAUGAAUUAUAA